UUAGAACACAAAGCGCCACACAAGCUUGUCUCCACAAACAGCGUUCCGCAAGUCAGCGGUCCCGCACAGGGCCGUCCUUGCGAUUAAGCGAGGUAACUGUAUGAACUGAUAAAGGCACCCUAUGGCUCCGUGCGAGGUGGCGCGGGCGGCGGAGGAGGUGGCGCCGGCGGGCGGGCUCGCCAGCGGGCGGGAAGGCACAGCGGCGCCGGCGACUGAAGGACAUCACCGCUCCGAGUACGAAAAGAAGGUCCGCUCCGCCAAGCGCGCGGCGCGCAGUGAGCUCAGCAUCACCAAAGGCGACUGGACCAAGCACGGCUACGCGCGCAGUGACCUGUGCAGCACGGAGGGGCUGGUGGACCGCAUACCCCGCAUCCACUGGAAGGAUCUGUCUGUGGCGGAGUUUGUGGAGCGCUUUGAGCGGCCGCGCAUCCCGGUGGUCAUCACCGGCCUGGCGGAGCACUGGCCCGCAACCCGCCGCUGGACGGACCCUGAGGACAUGCGGCGGAGGUUCGGGGACCACAAGUUCAAGGUGGGCAGUGACGACGACGGCUACGCGGUGCGGCUGCGGCUGAGCCACUACCUGGCAUACGUGGCCGACCUGCAGCAGGGUGCGGUGGACGACUCGCCGCUGUAUGUGUUUGACGGCACCUUCGCGGACCGCGCCGGCAGCAAGGCCAUGCGGAGGGACUACGAGGUGCCCGCCUACUUCCGAGAGGACCUGUUCGGACUGGUGGGCGAGGGCAGGCGGCCGCCCUACAGGUGGGUGGUGAUGGGCCCGGCCCGCAGCGGCAGUGGGCUGCACAUCGACCCCCUGGCCACAAGCGCCUGGAACACACUGCUGGCAGGCCACAAGCGCUGGGCGCUGUUCCCUCCCGGCACGCCCCGCGCCCACGUGCUGCCCAAGGAGCAGGGGGUGGAGCGCGAGGCAGUCAGCUGGUUCGGCAAGGUGUGGCCCAGGGCGCAGGCGCCCGACUGGCCCACCGCCCGCUGCGUGGACCUCAUACAGGCCCCCGGCGAGACCGUGUUUGUUCCGGGCGGCUGGUGGCACGCGGUGCUCAACCUGGACGACACGGUGGCGGUCACACAGAACUACGUCAGCACCGCAAACUUCGAGCGGGUGUGGAAGCACACGGUCAAGGGGCGGCCCAAGAUGAGCCGGCGCUGGCUGGCAGCACUGCAGACCCACCGACCCGACCUGGCAGCCAUCGCGGCCGACAUCAACGCCCGCGGCGAGGUGGAGUGCGACACCGGCAGUAGCAGCAGCAGUAGCAGCAGCAGCUCUUCAUCCUCUUCAUCCAGCAGUAGCAGCAGCAGCAGCGACAGUGACAGUGAAAGGGAGGGGGGCAGCAGCCGGCAGCGGCAGCGCCGGUGGGAAGGCGUGGAGCGGGAGGGCGCGGCGGCGGUGGUGCAGGAGGAGCGCGGGUGGCGGCGGUCAGACGGGCGGGAGAACGGCGGCGCGGGCUGCUCCGGGCUCGGCGGCGUAGGCGUGGGCGAUAAAAGGGGCGGCUCCUCGCGCAGCCCUGAUCGGCACCGGGACGCCCGCCGGGCAGGCAGCCGCAGCCGCAGCCGCAGCAGGAGCAGGAGCAGGAGCCGGAGCCGGAGGCGGUACCGCAGCCGCAGCCGCAGCCGCAGCCGCAGCAGGGGCCGGGGCCGGGCUGGCGCGCAGGAACGCGGGCGGAGCUGCAGUGGGGACCGGGCCGGCCGCGGUGGCAGCAGGCACGGUGGGGGCAGCCGCAGUCGGAGCCGGGACCGGGCCUGGGGGCGCAGUCGGGGUGCAGACGCGGACACGGAUGCGGUUCGCAGUGAGUGGCGCAGUGGCGGCGGAGGCCGCAGCCGCAACCGGAGCCGGAGCCGGAGCAGGAGCAGGCAGCGCCUGAGUAGCAGGGACGGUCGCGGCCGCAGCAGCCCAAGCCGCAGGCGGAGUCGGAGCCGCAGUAGGAGCAGGAGCAGGAGCCCGGACGGUGACAGCGGGGGCAGUCGGCGGCUUGGCAGCUGGGAGCGACUGGCGGAGGGUCGGAGGCACCGGCGAGACCGUGAGCAGCGAUGGUGUGGAGACGAGGAAGCGGAGGAGGGGCGGAGGCGGUGGCAGGGCGGUGAGAGGGCGGAGGCCCGUUUCGGUGAGGAGCGGCGUAGUGACGACCGGCGGAGCAAUGAGGGACGGCGGGAUGAGGGGCGGCGGUGGAACCCGGAGCGGCGGGAGGGGCGGGAGGAGCCGCAGCGAGGUGACGAGCGCCGGCGGUAGGCGGGGCGGGUAUCUGGGGGUAUUGAUACAUUGAUGCGGUGUGCCUGGGCUGCACGGUAUGGCAGAAAGGAGAUGUUACCGCACGGAGAUACUGCGUUGCGUGUAUUUGCGGUUCGGCUACCGCAGUGUACGGUAGUGCCACAUUACGAGCAGGGAAUGAGAACAAGGUGGAGGAUGCGGCGCGGUGGCGCAGGCAUCAUAAUAGGCAGGCUGCGCAGGGAAGGUGGGGAGCAGCAAGAGCUUGCGGUGACCGUGUGCCGAAGACCACUGCUGCGAUACUUCUGCCCCGGCGCCUCACAGACUCAACACUUCGCGUGACCACUCACUCAGCUUCUUUAUUUGCGCACAAGUACCUUGCGCCAAAGCACGUUGCUGAGUUGCAUUGAAUUUAACACCCGUCGUGCCGGAUGAUUGCGGCACGAUCUGGUAAUGGGUAAAUGUCCGGUUCAUUUGGUCACCUCUUGAUGCUUAAUAGUCCCUGGCCCUGCCGUGCGGUACUCGACCGGAGGUUGAGAACGCGAGUGGCGGCGUGUACGGACGCUGGGUGGUAGCCUGUAGCACGCAAAUGUGAUCCUAAGUCUCAGAUUGAGGACCAGGACGUGUGUGCUGACGGACCGCGAGAUAGCGGCAAGGUCAUCCCACCGUUCCCAAUGUACA